AUGAUGCAUCACAAAGAAGAGAAAUCCUCAAAGGGCAAAAAGGUGUCAAGAUUGACUCUAAAGAUACUAUCAGAUAAAUUAAAAUCAAGCAGAAUAAAUUGGAAAGCAGCUAGAUGGUACCCUUUGGAUCACCAUGGAAAUGCAAAGCUGGAAAGGCAACUACUGAUGCAGAACCAGAUGAGAGAGAGACAAACAGCCAUACAGAUUGCUUGGACACGGGAAUUUCUCAAAUAUUUUGGGACAUUUUUUGGACUUGCUGCUGUAGGUUUAACAGCUGGGGCAAUAAAAAAGAAGAACCCAGGACUUAUACUGCCAAUAGUUCCCUUAAGCUUUAUAUUUGCCUAUCAAUAUGAUAUGGGCUAUGGGACACUGUUGCAAAGAAUAAAAG